AGAGAGAGAGAGAAAGGGAGAGAGGCAAGGUGGGGAGAAAACGGUGCACGUUCCAUAGCAUCACUGUGUGACUGCUGGUGCCGAUUAGGAUUAGCUUGCUUUCUCGCUUUCUCAGUCAACAACUUACUGAGACGCCUUUUCUUUUACAAGAGGCUGUCAGCGCCGAGCCCCAGCAAGAAAUAAAAGACUUCACCUUGGAAUAGUUCAUCUCACUCCGGCAUCAUUAAAGAGGAUUUUGAAAAGAAAACAAAAAUCACAUCCCCUUCCCAGCCCCACUUUGUUCCAGGAUCGAACAGACACAGUUGCAUGCUUCAGGACACAAUCACAGUAGUAUAUAAGAAAAUAUAUCACCAAACAGUCAUGAAGUGACUUAUAAGGCCCUCAGUUCAUCAGCUCUUUACUCAACCCAUGACAGACACUACACUUCCUUCUGCUCAGCUCCAGUGGGUGAUGGUGCCAUAAUCUCGGCUGAACACAUCCAUUGGUUUUUGUUGGGAAGCCUCUUCAACACUGGGAAGAAGGUAGAAAAUGGUUGCCUGUGUUCACUUACUGUGAAGAUUUGGAAUCAGACAACUACAGAUUUGAUUCUCCAAGUGUUUCAGGAUGUAAAUGUAGUCUGAGCUUUCCCUGAUGGGCAGUUAAAUCAUGGACACGCUAAACAAUUUACUUUGGACUGUCCUUCCAAAAGAUGCUCUGGCUUCUCUCUUGAAUGUGCACUAAGCAUUUAUAACUGACAAGGAAAAGAAAGAAGACGGUGAACUGGAAAGCUAUCUUACAAUGAAAAUUACGAGCACAUCUUGUAUCUGUCCAGUCCUCGUUUGUCUCUGUUUUGUGCAGAGGUGUUAUGGAACUGCUCACCACAGCUCCAUCAAGGUGACCAGAAACCAGACCAAACACAUUGAAGGUGAAACCGAAGUCCACCAUCGUCCCAAAAGGGGAUGGGUUUGGAAUCAGUUCUUUGUUUUAGAAGAACAUAUGGGACCCGAUCCACAAUAUGUCGGAAAAUUGCACUCCAAUUCUGACAAAGGCGAUGGGUCCGUCAAGUACAUCCUUACUGGAGAAGGUGCCGGAACUAUAUUUAUCAUCGAUGACACCACCGGUGACAUCCACUCAACGAAAAGCCUAGACAGAGAGCAGAAGACCCACUAUGUGCUUCACGCCCAGGCUAUCGACCGUCGAACAAACAAGCCUCUUGAACCUGAAUCCGAGUUCAUAAUCAAAGUACAAGACAUCAAUGACAACGCUCCAAAGUUCACAGAUGGACCAUACAUCGUUACUGUGCCUGAAAUGUCAGAUAUGGGUACCUCUGUUCUACAGGUGACAGCUACUGAUGCAGAUGACCCUACCUAUGGAAACAGUGCGCGGGUGGUUUAUAGUAUUCUCCAGGGACAGCCCUACUUCUCCGUAGACCCUAAAACAGGAGUUAUUAGAACUGCCUUACAUAAUAUGGACAGAGAAGCCAGAGAACACUAUUCAGUGGUCAUCCAAGCCAAAGACAUGGCUGGGCAAGUUGGAGGACUCUCAGGAUCGACAACGGUCAACAUCACCCUGACUGAUGUCAAUGACAACCCCCCACGGUUUCCUCAAAAGCACUAUCAGCUGUAUGUUCCUGAGUCAGCUCAAGUUGGGUCAGCUGUUGGGAAAAUAAAGGCAAAUGAUGCAGACACUGGUUCCAAUGCUGACAUGACCUACUCCAUCAUUAAUGGUGAUGGUAUUGGGAUAUUCUCCAUCUCCACUGACAAAGAGACCAGAGAAGGGAUCCUUUCUUUAAAGAAGCCACUGAACUAUGAGAAAAAGAAGUCAUAUACUCUCACCAUAGAAGGAGCAAAUACACACCUUGAUUUUCGCUUUUCUCACUUGGGUCCUUUUAAAGAUGCUACCAUGCUGAAGAUCAUCGUUGGGGAUGUAGAUGAACCACCACUGUUUUCCAUGCCUUCUUAUGUCAUGGAAGUCUAUGAAAACGCCAAGAUCGGGACUGUUGUUGGCACAGUUUUGGCACAAGAUCCUGACAGCGCCAAUAGCUUAGUAAGAUACUUCAUUGACCACAGUGGCGGAGAUGACAGAGUUUUCAACAUCGAUGCCAAUUCUGGAACCAUCAGAACCACAAAGGUUCUUGAUAGAGAAGAAACUCCGUGGUACAACAUCACAGUUGCUGCUUCAGAAACUGACAAUCCUGGUUUGCUGAGCCAUGUGACAGUGGGUAUUAGAGUUCUGGAUGUCAAUGACAAUCCACCUGAACUUGCCAGGGAAUAUGAUAUUGUUGUCUGUGAAAAUUCAAAGCCUGGCCAGGUUAUUCAUACCAUCAGUGCUACUGAUAAAGAUGAUUUUGCAAAUGGACCAAGGUUUAACUUCUUUCUUGAUGAACGCCUGUCUAUAAACCCAAACUUCACUCUGAAGGACAAUGAAGAUAACACAGCCAGCAUUCUGACAAGGCGGAGGAGAUUUAGUCGAACUAUUCAGGAUGUGUAUUAUCUCCCCAUUAUGAUCUCUGAUGGUGGAAUCCCCUCUCUCAGCAGCAGCAGUACCCUCACCGUCAGGGUUUGUGCAUGCGAGAGAGAUGGGCGCGUGCGGACCUGCCAUGCGGAAGCGUUCCUGUCCUCGGCUGGCUUGAGUACAGGCGCCCUAAUCGCUAUUCUGCUGUGUGUUGUCAUUCUCCUAGCAAUUGUAGUACUUUUUAUCACCCUGAGACGCAGCAAAAAAGAGCCCCUGAUCAUUUCAGAGGAGGACGUGCGAGAGAAUGUGGUCACCUAUGAUGACGAGGGGGGCGGGGAGGAAGACACCGAGGCCUUUGACAUCACAGCCUUGAGGAACCCUUCUGCCGCCGAGGAGCUCAAGUAUCGGAGAGAUAUUCGACCCGAAGUGAAACUCACCCCCAGACACCAGACAUUGUCCACCCUAGAAAGUAUAGAUGUUCAGGAAUUUAUUAAGCAAAAACUGGCAGAAGCCGACCUAGACCCCAGCGUCCCCCCUUAUGACUCUCUUCAGACUUAUGCCUACGAAGGUCAGAGAUCGGAGGCUGGCUCCAUCAGCUCACUGGAUUCAGCAACCACACAGUCAGACCAGGAUUAUCACUACCUUGGAGACUGGGGACCCGAAUUUAAAAAGUUAGCCGAACUCUAUGGAGAAAUAGAAUCUGAAAGAACAACUUAGGGGGUUAAUUCUGGCAAACCUUCUAGAAUUUGCUUCCUGAGCAAGUGGAGAUAUAACCUCAGCAAUGGCAAGGAAGACACAUGGAAACAGUACUUGGAACUGAGCAAGCUGGCCACAGCUACUGUAGAAACAAGUGCCCUUUUCAUGAUCGAAACGGGGUCAUUUAAUCAGAAGAGAGUCAAAUUAAAAAAAAAUAUAUACAGAGAAAAAGCUAUUGUUCCUUGUGUAUAUUUUCAAUUGUUCAAUAAAGUCUGUGGUACUGUUUAAUUUAAGAAUACCUGAAUGAAGCCAAACAAUGAAGUUUGUUUCAAUAUCUUGUGAUUUCUUUUCAAAGGCAAAACUAAACCCAAAGGGUCCAAAUCACUUAGGACUAGGGGUGGUAUGCUGAGAAAUGAAGCUUGUGCAGGUAAUCGGGACCUUGUUUUCCACUUCUCUGUGUGGACUCUUGAGACCCACACUCUGUUACUGUGCAAGAUCUUAUUAGCAUCGUGUUGUGUUCAAAUGCCAUGAGGUUUAUCCAGUAUACCGGGUCCCGCCACCAUGGACUUGUAUGCACCAUUUUCCUUUGCCCUCCCCACUUCUUUUCUCCAUAUGAAAUCGAUGGAACAUGGGGACUUGCUGCUUGCUCUCUAAUGUAUGCAAUUUCUGUGCACCACUUGUGCACUGCUCUGAAGACAGAGACCACUGUCUCUGUCCUGCCUGCCCUCCUUUAUUUUCACAAAAGAACCCCGCCCUUGUUGUGUUUGUUUGUUUGUUUUUAAUCGAUAGAAUGAAUGGUUUCAGUAAGAUAUACUCCGAUAAUCUGAUAUGUCAGGGAAAGGUUUAAUUUAAAAAAAUAGUCACACACCUUAUCCUACAUAAAACAUUGGAAAACUCGAUUAUUUUUUCCAGUCCUUUUGCUUUCGUACAUUGAACUCCGCGGUUUGGAUCAUUCCGAUACCUAAAAUUAGCUGUUGGACAUUUUGCUGGUUGGUUUAGACGUCGGUUUCAUUUGCUUAUUUGUAUGCACCUCACAUGGUAGCAAUGUAAUCUGAAAAGAUGAUACUCCAAUUUGAGUAAUUCUUACAGACUUUGGAUCGGCUGACCUUUAUUCCUUACACACGUUCAGAUUCUCCCUGUCUCACUGACUGCUUAGCUCUUACCUGUUUGGGAUCUACGGCAAAAUGUAUAAAACUGAAGGCAAAAAUACAGCAGCUUCACAGUUACUAUCCUUGGAAAAGUACCUCAAAGUCUCUGAGCUUCAGGGUCCCAAACUGCAAAGCAGAGAUGGUAAAGACUUCCUGACUCUCUCCCGGGCUUGUGUGGGGAUCAAUAAGCAUCUGUAAAAAUGCUUUGCGCACUGCAAAGCGUUCUAUUGUGUAAAGGCUUGCAGGCGCUAUCUGAUUUUCUAAUUCUAUUAGCUUAUAAAUAUAUAGUUCCAUACAUUUGAAUAAAAUAUUAUAUUAUCGUGAGAGAAUUUCAUAAGACUUUCAACAGUGAAGCAACUGCUAGCUAAACAUAUAAUACGCAAGUUUAAUUAUUUUGGUAUUUUCCCAAAUAAACUAAUUUUCUUCAAUUUUCUCGUUUUUUUUUUCUCUAAAAUUGUUUAGAUAAUAUUUUGCUGUUGUUGCUAAGCAUAAUGGUCCUAUCCUCCAGACAUGACCAUAUUUAUAUAUUGCAGAUAGAUUGGAAUUUUGAAACCCACAAAUUACGAAUUAUCGCAAAGAGGAAUCUGUCCUUUGCUCUUUGAAAUUUAUCAAAAUCUAGCGUCCUCAAAGUUACAUGGCAUUUUCUGUCUGAUUCUACCUAUGUGCAAAAUUUAAAUUUUGCCUCUGUUUGCAACUGCCCUGUGCUAUCAUAUUUCAGUUUUGAGGUGUGGGAAGUGAGUUUAACUUGAAUAAUUCUGUGUUCUAAGCCUGAGGAAUAAAAUUGAAUUUAAGUUUUUUACAACA